AUAGUUUUUACUACUAUCGGUAAUUAAUAAUAUAUAACUACAAGAUUGUUUCCCAGUUAAUAUUUAAAUUUCAUUUUGAUUGAAAAAUUAAUUAUUCUUCUUUUGAUUUUUUAUUUAGUAGUUACAAACCUUUUAUUCACUAAUACUUUAAGAUCAUAACUAUAUAAUAAUGGCUUACACUACUAAUACUGUGAGUUCUCUCCCACCUCCAGAUCCAAAAUCUUCCAUUGCAAAGGAAAGAGCUCAAAAUGCUUGGGAUCCAGUUAAGAUGCACUACUUUUUAGAAGGUUCUAAGGAAAGAGCUGAAUUAAUUAAGGAUUUAACUCAACAAAUGGAAAGAGAUCCAAUCUUAGCUGCUGAUUUCAACUAUUACGAGUUAAAUAAAGAACAACAACGUCAAUUAACUGCCGAAAAAAUUAACAGAAUUUCCAGAUAUAUUGAAGUUGAAAAUUUCCAAGAUUUUAAUAGAAGAUUAUCUAUUAUUGGUGUUUUUGAUCCUCAAGUUGCUACUAGAAUUGGUGUUAAUUUAGGUCUUUUCCUUUCUUGUAUUAGAGGUAAUGGUACUUCUGAUCAAUUACAAUAUUGGGCUCUUGGUAAAAAUACUGCCUAUAUUAGAGGUAUUUAUGGAUGUUUUGCCAUGACUGAAUUGGCUCAUGGUUCUAAUGUUAUGGGUAUUGAAACUACUGCUACUUAUGAUAAAGAAAAUGAAGAAUUUGUUAUUAAUACUCCUCAUAUUGGUGCCACUAAAUGGUGGAUUGGUGGUGCAGCUCACUCUGCUACCCAUGCUGCAACCUAUGCUAGAUUAAUUGUUGAUGGUGAAGAUUAUGGUGUUAAAACUUUUGUUGUCCCAUUAAGAGAUGCUAACCAUGACUUAAACCCAGGUAUUACUGUUGGUGAUAUUGGUGCUAAGAUGGGUAGAGAUGGUAUCGAUAAUGGUUGGAUUCAAUAUUCUAAUGUAAGAAUUCCAAGAUACUUUAUGUUACAAAAGUUCUGUAAAGUUUCUCCACAAGGUGAUGUUACUUUACCACCAUUAGAACAAUUAUCUUAUUCUGCUUUAUUAGGUGGUAGAGUUAUGAUGGUUUUAGAUUCUUACAGAAUGAUUGCUAGAAUGACUACUAUUGCUUUAAGAUAUGCCAUUGGUAGAAGACAAUUCAAGUCUCAAAAGGCUCUUGAUGCUGAUGAUUCUGAAGAUCUUCCAGAAACUCAAUUGUUAGAUUAUCCAUUACAUCAAAGAAGAUUAUUACCAUACUUGGCUGCUGCCUAUGUUACAUCUGCUGGUGCUUUGAAGGUUGAAACUACUAUUGAAGAAACCUUAAAUGAAUUGGAUGAUGCUGUCGAUGCCAAUGAUGAAGCUGGUAUUUUCAAAUCUAUCGAAGCCAUGAAAUCCUUAUUUAUUGAUUCUGGUGCCUUGAAGGCUACUGCUACUUGGUUAGCUGCUGAAACCAUUGAUGAAUGUAGACAAUCUUGUGGUGGUCAUGGUUACUCUUCUUACAAUGGUUUUGGUAAAGCUUAUACCGAUUGGGUUGUCCAAUGUACUUGGGAAGGUGAUAACAAUGUUCUUGGUAUUAACAUUGGUAAGCCAAUUGUUAAGCACACUUGGAAUGUUAUUGAAAAUGGUAAAGUUGUUAAGGGUUCUUCUUCUUUCUUAACUCAUACCAAAGAUUUUGUUGAAGGUAAUGGUAAGAAGACUUGGUUAAAUUCCCUUGCUGACCUUAGUGAUUUAAAUAAGAUUGUUAAAGCUCUUGAAGUCCUUAUUAUUAGAUUAUCUUAUGCUGCCUAUAAGACUGCUAAGGUAAACUCUUUUGAUUACGUUGGUUCUGAAUUAGUCACCAUUACUAAAUUAAAGGCUCACCACUAUUUAUUAUCUGAAUUUGUUAAGAGAAUCAAUGAAUUUGAUGAUGCUUCUUUGAAACCAUACUUAAACUUAUUAGGUGAAUUAUAUGCUGCUACUAUUGUAUUAGACAAAUUCUCUGGUGUUUUCUUGACUUUCAAUGUUGUUUCUACUGACUUGACUAGUCAAUUAUCUUCAGUUCAUAUUCCACAAUUAUUAGCUAAGGUAAGACCACACACUGUUGCAUACACUGAUUCCUUCCAACAAUCAGACAUGAUCAUCAACUCUGCUAUUGGUAAGUUUGAUGGUAACAUUUAUGAAAACUAUUUCGGUAUUGUCAAGGCUCAAAAUCCUCCAAGAAAGACUAAGGCUCCAUACUCUGGUGCUUUAGAAGGUAUGUUGAACAGACCAUCUUUGGAAACUAGAGAUAGAUUUGAAAAGUCUUUCGAAUCUGCUGAGAUUUUAUCAAAGUAAGUAAGUGAAUAUGACUCCCAUUUAUGACAUCAGUAGUUCUUCUUAGUUAUGAUAUAAAUGCUCAAAAAGCUUUUAUAUCGAAUUAUUAUAAGUAUUUCUAUAAUUCUUUAGUUAUUUUAUUUAUUUAUUAUUACUAUUAAAUAAAGUAUUUUGUAUUUAAUGAGA